CAUUUUGAGAUUAGAAUGUCCAAGAAGAAAAUGGGUGGUAAAAUGUCGAGCUCGGGCGCAUUGGGGCACCAGCACCCAGAUCUCGAACUGGACCCGGAACUAUCCCUGCUAAUACCCGGAUCGACCAAUGAAAUGAGCUCGCUCAUCCAUUGCCAGCACAUGCACACAUACAUACACAAAAUGACACAGCUGACAAGCGCCAAGCUCCGUUAUGUGCCGGAUCUAACGGGCAUGGCUGUGCCGCCGGGCGCCGAGCGCAUGGUGUUCAUGAAGCUAACGGUGAAGCAGUAUCCGCACGAUCCGGCAGCCGUUAAGUUGCUGAAGGAGGAGACGGCUUGCGUGUGCUUCGAUCUGCCGAUGGAUCGCUUUCCCGUCCACGCACCCAUCAGCCGGAUGACCUUCCUGUCGCCGAAGCUACUGCCGCCGGGCUUCGAUGCUGGCGCUGUUUUUGGACCCGGCGUGCUGCCGCGCAAGUACUACCCGAUCGGCAUGCUGCCGCCGCAGCACAAGGGACCGACACCGGCCCUAUUUGUCGGCCGUCGGCCACGACUGCCCACGAAUCUGAUAAUGCCGCUCCCCACCGGCAUCGGCAAGCCGUCGGCUGAGACGCAGUUGCGCCUAAAGCGCUGUCAAGUGGCACUGGGCUUUGUGGGCGCCGAUGCCAACACCAUGGCCAUCAUGCAGAAAUACAUCGACAAUCCGCUGCCGACGCAGUACAACAUUUACGUGCCAGAUCUCUCCGACUUGAAGGUGGUGCUGGCCACCCAAGCUGAUGCCAUGAUGACAUAUGCCAUGACCAUUAUCUCGACGGUGGUGCAGCCACACGCACCGCAAGUAUCCAGGGCCGCCAUGAACGCACCAGGACCGAAAUUCGACCUGCCCGCGGAACUGUUUCCACCCGAAAUCAUCGCCAGAGAGCCUGUCUUUCUGCCCAAACGUUAUCUGCCCAACAACUUUGAUGGCGGCUGUGUGUUUGCACCUGGCGCACUGCCAUACUCUUGGUUCCAGGGUAUCCUGAAUCCCCAUGAGGCAGCGGUGCAGCACAACUAUCUGAUUUCGCCGCCCUUGUUCUUUGGCCGCUGGAAGACCAAGCAGCCGAAGCUCGACAGCGCUGUGAAUAAGCCAAAACGUCAGGCGAAGACAAUGCUCUCGGAACUAGCAUUGAAGCGCACCGGCUCGAAUGGAACAUCACUUGCGAUUGCUUCAGGCUCGAAGCCAACAGCAAAGAAUGCCAAAGAAUCGAGGCCAUCAGUCUCGACUCCAACACGCGUGAGACCUACGAACGACGACAGCGGACUAGUGGAUCUCAUAUUCGGUUUGUAUGGCAACGAGAAGGAGAUUGCUGUGGGUGAGAAGGGGCUGCGUAAACUGGUCGAGCUGUUAAUUCGUAAAAAAUCUUUGCGCGAUGACUUCGAUGUGGACAAAGCCGCCGUUCAGUAUCGCGCCAUCAUGCACACCCGUGCGGAUAUACGCGAUGGCAAGCGUCCAGCAUUGGCAGUGCCCGCACCAGUGCAGAUCCCACCCGAACUGCAGGCAAGGCUUAAUCCGUCUCUUUUGCGUAAGCGGGCUAUCCGCUGUCCCUGCUCUCACUGCGGUGAGCGCAAGUAA